AUGGGGAAGAAGGUGCGGAAGAAGGUGAAGGAGGUCGGUGGCGCCGCUACAAAAGCAGUUGCAGAAGGCGGGUCCUCCUGGAAGGCGGUAAGAGACAGAGGAAUGUUGGUGAAAGAAUGGGUUGAUCAGAGGGAAAUUCUUGAACACUCUAGUGUUCAAGGGUUUUUAAGCCACUGCGGAUGGAACUCAGUACUGGAGAGUAUAUGUGCAAAUGUACCAAUUCUGGCAUGGCCGAUGAUGGCGGAGCAACCGCUGAAUGCAAAGAUGGUGGUGGAGGAGAUUGGAAUUGGACUGAGGGUUGAGACUUCUGAUGGUUUUGUAAGUUGGGAGCAUUUGAAGAAAAUGGUGAAAGAGUUGAUGGAGGGAGAGAUGGGGAAGAAGGUGCGGAAGAAGGUGAAGGAGGUCGGUGGCGCCGCUGCAAAAGCAGUUGCAGAAGGCGGGUCCUCCUGGAAGGCGUUAAAUGAGCUCAUAAAUGAGUUGCAUGAAGAAACGGUUUAA